GCUGGGGAAGGCGUCGGGGCGGUUGUUCCCGUCAGACAUGCAGAGCACAGACCUGGGCAACAAGGAGAGUGGCAAGAUAUGGCAUCGCAAGCCAUCUCCGCACCCUCGGAAAGGCGUUUUAGUGAACAUUGUUCACAACACCACAGAGUACCGUCCCAAAGUUUUGAGAUUUCUGAACGUGGCUUUUGAUAGCACAGGAGAUCGUUUCCUCGCUGGGGACCAUCAAGGAAAUAUCUAUGUUUUUGACUUGUAUGGAGACAGGUUUAAUCUUGUUCAGCGAACAACACAAGCUUGCACAGCUCUGGCCUUUAAUCUUCAUAGGAAGUCUGAAUUCCUGGUGGCGUUAGCCGAUUAUUCUGUCAGAUGUUUUGAUACAGACACCAAGGAGCUCGUUAGUUCGUUGAGAGGACACGAAUCAUCAGUGUUCUCCAUCUCUGUGCAUGCUUCAGGGUGUUACGCACUCACCACUUCUUUGGAGACGGCACAGCUCUGGGAUCUGAACACCUUUCAGAGAAAGCGAAAGCUGACUGUCCUCCAGGCUGUGGACAUACAAAAGGUCUUCUUUCUACCACUAAGUAAUACCAUCCUCAGCUGUUUUAAAGAUAAUACCAUCACUGCCUGGGAAUGUGAUACUUUCCUUUGCAAAUACCAAUUGCCACCUCCACCUGAAAGUUCCAGUAUGUUAUACAAAGUGUAUGCUGUCACAAGAAAUGGUCGCAUCUUGGCUGCUGGAGGGAAAUCAAGCCACCUUCAUUUAUGGUGUUUAGAAGCUCUGCGGCUCUUUAGAAUCAUCCAGUUGCCUGCGAAAGUUCGAGCAGUUCGUCACCUGGAGUUUCUUCCUGAUAGCUUCGAUGCUGGUUCGAAUCAGGUUCUUGGAGCACUAAGUCAAGAUGGCAUUAUGAGAUUCAUUAAUACACAGACUUGCAAACUUGUCUUUGAAAUUGGGAGCCUGGACAAAGGCAUUUGUGCAGCAGCGAUUAGCCCACAUGGACGGUAUAUUGUAUCUAUUAUGGAAAAUGGAAGCCUGAAUGUGUAUUCAGUUCAGGCAUUAACACAAGAAAUAAAUAAGCCUCCUCCUCCUCUAGUGAAAGUCAUCGAAGAUUUGCCCAAGAAUACCUCAUCUUCUGGUAAUCUAAAGAUGAAAGUCACAUCAGGAAGAGUACAGCGGCCAGUCAGAUCAAGGACAAAUAAAAUUCAGGAUCGAAUAUUAAAAUUGAACCUGCCUGGAAAUUUAGAAAAUGAGAAUGAAUUCACAGAUGGAUUGAACAUAAAAAGUCUGAAGAUCUUACUAAAAGGCUAUGGUGAAUAUCCAGAGAAAUACAGAAUGUUCAUCUGGCGCUCUCUUCUCCAGCUGCCCGAAAAUCACAUGGCAUUUAGUAGUCUAAUGGAUAAGGGGACUCAUGCGGCAUUUCUUAAUCUUCAUAAGAACUAUCCUAUCAAAAGCAGGAAGCUACUCCGAGUAUUACAGAGAACCUUAUCUGCAUUAGCUCACUGGUCUGCCAUCUUUAGCGACACACCGUAUCUGCCACUCUUGGCCUUUCCAUUUGUCAAGCUAUUCCCAAACAACCAACUUAUCUGUUUUGAAGUUGUUGCUACUCUCAUAAUCAAUUGGUGUCAACACUGGUUUGAAUAUUUUCCUAACCCUCCCAUCAAUAUUCUUAGUAUGAUUGAAAAUGUUUUAGCAUUCCAUGACAAAGAAUUGUUGCAGCACUUCAUUAGCCACAAUAUAACUGCCCAGCUGUAUGCCUGGCCUCUUUUGGUGUCCCUGUUCUCACAAGUUCUGACAAGAGAGGAGUGGCUGAAAUUGUUUGAUAAUAUCUUUUCCAACCACCCGUCCUUCCUCCUGGUAACCGUCGUGGCCUACAACAUAUGUUCUAGGAUUCCUUUACUGCACUGCAAAAUUAAAGAUGAUUUUGAGUACUUUUUUCACCAUUCGAAUAACCUGGAUAUCAGUGUGGUGGUUAGAGAAGCUUACCAUCUCAUGGCCACCACUCCUGCCGACAUUCAUCCAGAGAAGAUGCUUAAUGUCUUUGUGGCACUAACAAAAGGACAAUAUCCAGUGUUUAAUCAGUAUCCGAAGUUUAUUGUGGACUAUCAGACACAAGAGCGAGAAAGAAUAAGGAAUGAUGAGUUGGAUUUCUUAAGAGAGAGGCAAACAGUCGAAGAUAUGCAAGCGGAAGUCAACCAGCAGAGAGUCGAAGAUGAAGCCUGGUACCAAAAACAAGAACAACUCUGCAGAGCUGAGGCGGCAAGAAGAGAAAUGCUCUUACAGGAAGAGGAGAAGAUAGUACAGCAAAGAGAAAGACUGGCAGCUGUGAAGAGAGAGCUAAAAGUAAAGGAAAUGCACUUACAAGAUGCCUCACGAAGGCGCCUGUUGAAGCUCCAGCAAGACCAGCGGGAAAUGGAACUAAGACGACUGGAGGAUGAAAUUGAUAGAAAGUUGCAAAUGAGAGAUCGAGAAAUUACUACGACUGCCAGAGACAUAGAAAUGAAACAUCUGGAGCUUGAAUCACAAAAGAGAUUAUAUGAGAAGAGUCUUAGUAGCAGUCAGGAGGCCAUGGCGAAAGAAAUGAGAGACGAUGCAGAUGCCUAUAGACAAAAAGUGGAUCAGGAGCAAGACAUGUUCCACAAACUGAUAGACACAAUUCAGACUCGGAGCCAAGAAACUCAGAAGUUAAUUGAAGAAAAUUUGGCAAAAGCUGAACAAGCAUGUCUAAAUAAUGACUGUCGGAUUCAAGCUUUAUAUAAACAAAGAUGUAGUGAUCUACAGCGAAAUGAGUCUUACCAGGAAGUAGCCAGACUCCUUCGGGAAAACAGGAAGAAAGAAUCAGAAAUAUUAAAUGCAAUGAUGGGGCAUGAAGCUCAAAAGUGGAAGGAAGCUGAAGAAAAAGACUUAUAUUUGAAAUCAGAAAAGGAAGUGUCUGCUCUUUCUGAUGCCGCUAGAAAAUGUUUUCUAGAAAAGGAGAUAAAGGAUUCUUUAGAACAUGCAGAAAACCCACUUAAAAAUGCACAAGAGCCCAAGUGCCAGAACAAACAGGUCGCCACCAGCAGUCUGUCCAGAACCUCUGAACUCAAUGAGAUUUCUGAAAUGGACUCCUCCAGGCAGAUUUCUUUAAAUCAAAGAAGAGUCCACUGGGACGCCCUAGAACAAGAUCUCAUGGAGAGAGUGAGAAAUCUUCGUCAGAGACUCACCACCCAAGCCCAGAAUCGAUACCGAACGUCCCAUCUCUUGGCUGCAGACAACACCGUCAACCGAGGCUUAGCUCUGUCCUAGUCAGAGAGAGAUGUCAAAGCUGCAAUCAGUGACACUGAUUUUCUCAGAUUAUUUAUUUUUUCAAUUUCUCUAAAGAUAAACUUUCUUGUAUAGAAAAGUAUACUUAUAAAAA